AUGCCCUCAACUGAGCUCAGCAGACGCUCGCUGGAGCUACGACGCGCAGAAACCCAUCUUCACGAGCUCGAGGCAGAAUCGCUUGGAGAUGCACUCCCCGAAGGGCUCCAUGUUUCGCUGGAAUCAGAAAAAAGCUACCCUGCCCCAAAAAAAGUGCCCCUUCCAACGCUAAUUACAAUUCUCAAUAUCUUCAAUGGCGCCAUUUGGGGCGUUCUUGCACGACGCGGUCUCAUAGACCUCACUACGUACGAUGGCUCUUUUUUGGGAGGUGUGAUCUGGGCAAACUUUGCUGCGUGUGUUGUCAUGGGCAUGUUUGUUGCGCUGGAAACAGUGUGGGAGGGAGUCGCCGGCACUGUUUAUGCCAAUAAGGGGGCAGUACCUUUUUACGUGGGCGUGACCACGGGAUUCUGUGGAACGUGCUCGUCUUUUUCAACGUUUGUGCUUGAAAUCUUCAACAAGGCGGCAAACACGCUUACUACUCACUAUAAGUACCCCACGGCCGGCUACGGAGUCAUGGAGGCGAUGGCGGUGACAAUUGGCCAGAUCAGUGUUUCUGUGGCAGGGUUUCAUCUUGGAAGGCAUCUUGUGGAGGUUCUUGAUCCGAGAGUACCGUCGCUUUCCCCCAAGACUGUGCACGUGCUCAACUACGCCUGUUGUUUUCUUGGAAUUGCCGCUUAUAUCGUCGAUAUCGUGCUUUUGGGAACCCAGAACUACGGCACGUGGAGAUCGUGGCUCUUCCUGGUGCUUUUUGCUCCGUGGGGCGCCCUUUUGCGAUUUUUCCUCCUGAAGAAGCUCAAUGGCAUAAUCAACGAUUUCCCCGUGGGCACUUUCACGGCAAACACCUUGGGGUGCCUUCUUCUUGCAGUUUUCACCGUUUUGGCCCGUGGCCGUAGCAGCCAAUCCAGCAAGUUGCCCAUUGCCUCUCACAUCAACGGGUGCCAUGUUCUUUUGGGCUUGGAUGACGGGUUCUGCGGUGCUCUCACGACGGUUUCCACUUUUGUCGUUGAGCUUUUUGGCCUCAAGACCUUCUGGAGCUACACGUACGGGUUUACGUCGGUGGCAGUGGGGUUUUGUAUUAUGGUGUUGAUUGUGGGUCUGUACAACUGGACAGUCGGGCUCACUCUGACGGUCUGCCAGUGA